CUACGAAAGCGCGCGUGGUUAUCCAUUGCUUGACGUCUUCACACGCCGCUUGAUCGGUCCACUGCUAUGUCUUUGGACCGUAAGGCAGCCUACGUGACCUUGCUGACGAAGUCGAGCUAUCUUCCCGGCGUGCUGGUCCUUGACUACACCCUUCGAUCAGUGGGAACAUGUUACCCGUUGGUUGUAAUGGUGACACCAUCGGUGCCCCAGGAGUGUAGGGAUGUCCUCGCAAGGAGGGACAUACAACUAAGAGAUAUCACGGCCCUUGAGUCUCUGCCAAAUGUCCAUUCGUUGGCAACUCACGAUGUUAGGUUUCGCGACACUUGGACAAAGUUAAGAGUCUUCGAGCUCGUGGAAUUCAAACGAGCGGUCCUCCUCGAUGCUGACAUGAUCGUCAUGCGCAAUAUGGACGAGCUGUUUGAUAUUGAACUCCCCGAGGACAGUAUCGCCGCCACUCAUGUGUGCGCAUGCAAUCCUAGGAAAUUGCCUCACUAUCCUCCUGACUGGGUACCAGCGAACUGUGCUUACACCCCUCUGGUACACCCGUCAGGUUCGACAUCUCCAACCAAGAUAACCAAAGACAGCCCACGCCCUCAUACGCAACUAAAUUCGGGUCUUGUAGUAUUAAAACCUUCCCUCGAGCUCGCUCAGUCUGUGUACACUCACCUUCACACCUCGCCACUUGUUCCAACUUGGUCAUUCCCCGAUCAGGACCUCCUUGCCGACUUCUUCAAGGGUAGGUGGGAACCGUUACCUUGGAAGUACAACGCCCUCAAAACGUUGAUGAUUAUCCACAAACCACUGUGGCGUGACGAGGAGAUCAAAUGUUUGCACUACAUCUUAGCGGAUAAGCCGUGGCAGGCCAGGGUUCCCCAAGAUGGGAAGGGUGAAUGUGACAAGUGCAAUCAGUGGUGGUGGGAUCGGUUCGAAAAAUUGGCGGCUGAAAUGCAGGAGAACAAUGAGGACUGGGAACUAGUACUAGCGAAUGUCGCAAAAUGAGGAUUUCUGUACACGCCUGGCUGAUGAAAGAAAGAAACGUGCCCAGAAAUCACCCACAGGACAAAUGCUGUAGAGUUGCGAAGGGGGUUUGAACCCAGGUAACGCAAGAUAAAAAAUCAUGUCAGGAGUCCCACCCGUAGCUUCAUGGAUAAUCCACACAUCCAGGGAUUGUUCCACUUAUAACUCCAGCAUGCUGUUUUCGGGUUUCGCACAUUUACGCUUUUCUAUCCGGCCAGUUCGCGGACACCUCAUCGCCUGCCAUGACAUUGGUU